AUGCAGGGGCCGUACCUGCUAUCCCUGCCACCACUCUUCGCCCCACGCAAAGCCUAUAUAAACCACCCUCGAACAACUUCUGCUCUCCAGCAACCUUUUAGCCACUCACCAGUAGCCUCUUCCUCGUUCAUUACUAGGCUUUAUCUUCCGCCACCUCUCACAAUGCGCGUCGCCAUCCUCGUCCUCGCCUUCGCCGCUGUGUUCGUCCUCGCGAGCCCCCACGCAGACAAGAAGAAGGGCAAGAAGAGCAAGAAGGUCGCCGCCGCCGCACCUGAAGCUCCUGCCGCCGACGCCGCCGCCGCGGAACCGGUCGCUGAUGGUGCUGAUGGUUCCGCCUAA